AUGUCAAGGAUCCCUUCCACCUCGAUAUUACGUUCUUCCUGUGCGAUUCGAUCAGUAGUUCCUGCAAGGAGACUUCCCUCAGCGAUAUCCAACGGCCCAUCCUCUUCUACCCUGCCGAUAGGCUAUUCGAGACGAUGGAAUAGUACUACUACUACUUCCAGUGAACCACCAAAACGAUCAGCUACUGACUCGACCGGUACAAACACGAAUGGCGAGCAAUCGAGCGGUGACACUCCAACUGAGAAAGGGGAAGCCAAAGGAGGUUUGAAAGUGUCAUGGAUCUUUAGUGGUUUAGCUGGAUUAGGGGCUUUAGUGACUAUCUAUGGAUUGUUAGAAUUUUAUUCAACAUUGAAAACAUGGCCUAAAGAAGUACGAAUACCUUUAAGAGCAGCUCUGAAGUCUAAAUUAAGACAGGAUUACAUGAAAUCUGAAAAAUACUUUAGAGAAGCACUCGAGGUAGCUCUGGCUCUAGGUCCAAAGGCACUGGAACCAGAACCAUUACAAAAGAUAACUGGAAUUUACGUUGAAUUAGCUACCGUAUUGGAAUUAAUGGGACAGAGGGUAACUGCAUUUCAAGAAUUGAGAAAUGCCGUUGAAAUGUUUGGUCAAAAUCCAUUAAGACAACCAAAUGAUACUCCUAUCAAUCUUGCCGGUAACAAUAGUAGUAGUAGUAGUAGUGGUAAUAGUAGAUGGAUAGGAAAUGAUUAUAUCUUAAAUCACAAAGAUCACAUCAGAGUAAUUGGAUUAUAUCAAAAAUUAGGUCAAUUAUCAUUGGAGAUUUCAUCUUCUAAAAAAGCACCUUCAUUCAAACCAUCUUCGACCAGUAGUAAUGACAUUGGUCAAGCCCCAUCUCCAAAAAUCGAAAAUUGGAAUGAUGCCGCUGAAUUUUAUCUCAGUGAAGCAUUAACUUCAUUGUUGAAACUCGGUCUAACGAACCCUCCUUCUACUUCGAAUAACAACCAAACUCAACAGCAAGUGGUACUUGGAAGAGAUGUGAAUUUACCUCAAGGCGAAAUCUCAGAAGAUGCAGAACAAGGUGGUUCAGUUGAUAAAAGAGGUUUAGGAAUGACAAUGGAAUCUUUAUCUGAAGUUUACGCUAGAAAAGGUCAAUAUAACUUAUCUGCUCAAUUGCUCUUACAAGCUGUUUCAUUGUUGUUACCUCCUGGUGGUCAAGAUACUCCUCCUGUGAGGGAUAGAUGUCAAGCUGCCAUGAUAAUGACGACAAUCUCGUCUCACGCCUUGCGCCAAUCUGCACCGGGAGUUGAUUCAGCCAAAUCAAUCAAAAUCUCGAAAUCAUGGUCAUUACGUUCACUUCAAUUAUCAGAAGAAGCUUUACAUGAAUCUGAAGGAGAGAAUUAUAAAGAUAGUCCAUUGGAAGCUGCUAUAGCAGUAUGUUCAAGAGCUAAAGGAGUUGGCUUGUACAAUCUAGGAAUGUUAGCUGAGAUGGAAGGUGAUCUACCUACUGCACUGAAUUAUUUCCAGAAAUCAUCAACUGCUUCGAGGGAAAUCGGCUUUUCAGAAGGUAAAAGAGAAGCUGCUGCUGCUAUACGGAGGAUACAAGCUUUAGGCGGGACAAGUACUUCUUAG